AACAGCCAACAGUGGAAAAUGUCUCAGUACUCAGGAAAGAUUGUCUUCUAUGAGGGGAAAUGUUUCACUGGGAGAAAGCUGGAGAUCUGCAGCGACUGUGACAACUUCCAGGACCGAGGGUUCAUGAACAGAGUGAACUCUGUCCGUGUGGAGAGCGGGGCCUUCGUCUGCUUCGACCACCCAGACUUCAAGGGCCAACAGUAUAUUCUGGAGCAUGGAGAGUACCCUGAAUUCCAGCGCUGGAAUGCCCACAAUGAUCACAUGGGAUCUUGCAAACCAAUCAGGAUGCAUGGAGAGCACUACAGGAUGGAGCUGUUCGAGGGGGACAACUUCUCUGGCCAGUGCGUGGAGCUGUGUGACGACUGCCCAUUUCUCCAAGCACGAGGCCUGACCAAGAACUGCAUCAACUCUAUCAAGGUUUAUGGAGACGGGGCGUGGGUGUUGUACGAGGAGCCUAACUACCGUGGUCGCAUGUACGUCGUGGAAAGAGGAAACUACUGCACCCACAUAGAGUGGCAGGCUGAGAACCCCAACAUCCAGUCUAUUCGCAGGGUUGCAAACUACUUUUAAAACCAUCUCACUAUCGCUGUCAGUGUGACUGCAGGGAACAGAUCGACUACACUGUCAAGUCAUCUCACACGUGG